CCAGCCACCUUCCUCAAGUUAGUGAAGGAGAAGAAGAAGAUACGAAGAGAUCAUUGAGAAGUUGAGAUUAAGUCGGACGCCUAGGUUGGGUUGCCGAGGAAGGGAGGCGGCUGCGACAGUGAUAUGGAGGGGCGGGGGUGGGGCUAGCCCCGAUAACAAUGGCGGGGGUUAGGGGUUUUGUUUUUUUUUUUUUUUUUUGUUUUUUUUUAAUUUUUUUUAAUUAUAAAAAAUAGAAUAAACCAACUAAAAGUCGACACGUGUCUCAUAACCUAGUAAAACCGGUUACCAAAAUAAUUUAACCGGUUAUGGAUUGUUAGUGGAAGACCCCCGUCAAAGGUGGGAUUGUUUCUGGAAUUUCAAAAGGUGGGAUUGUUUAUGGAAGAUGGAGUAAAGGUGGGAUUAUUAGUUUACAUUUUUCCAAUCCAAAACUAAGGUAAAAACAUUAAUAUCCAAGUAUUUAGUGGUCGAGUGAAGAGUGUUGCAUUGCAAUUUGCAGUAUCAACAAAAUAAAUAGUAUACUAACUCUAACAAUUAACGAGCUUUAUGUGUGAUUUGAUCAAUGUAAGACGGUUGUAUUCAAAACUCGUGUUUAAAAUAAUACGGAGUAUUUCUAUUUCCCUCUAAUGAAAUUUAGUAACAAACUCAGGUUCAACCAACUUCCUAAUUAGAUCAAGCAACUAGACUACUAGUACAUCCCAUAUUAUAUAUUUUAAAAUGAUAAUUUGUUACAUUAAUUAAUUAGCACAAUAACCCAAAAAACUGAAAGGUUGCUUUACGGCGCUUUACGUUAUGGCCUUUUUCGUCAAAAUGUAACGGUAAUUCGGUAAUGAUCCUCUACUCUUUCCCACCAUCUUCUCAUCUUCCUUUAACUAACUUUUCAACUCCCACCAAGGCUAUUUUCGUCAUUUCACCUCUUCAAAUUCUCUCUCCUUAGAAAAAAAUCUUAAUCAAAUGAAAUAAAAAUAAAAUAAAAAUAUUUCUAUGUUGUUAUUUGAACUACCUUCAAAUUCCUAUAAAUACCCUUUUAAAUGCAUGUAAUGUUCCUCAACACACCCAAACUCAUAUACUAACUCUAAUAUAAAUUUUCUCCCUCUAGAAAGUUCUAAUUUAAAAUGGGGAGAACAUUCACAUUUUUUUUCUUUACACUUUCUCUCCUAAAUUGUGCUCUUAUUAUUGCAGCCAAAGGAGUAGGGGGCGCAUUGUACAAUGUUGCCACAUUCGGGGCGAAACCCGAUGGGAAAACGGACUCUACCAAGGCGUUUGUGGAUGCAUGGGCCGCCGCUUGUGGAUCCACAGGGCGGCCCACAAUUCACGUGCCCCAGGGCCGGUUUUUUAUUAGUAAUGCCAUUACUUUCAACGGAGCUAGAUGUAAGAACAAGGGUGUUAACUUUAAUAUUAAAGGCACCCUUGUUGCACCCUCGAAUUAUCGAGUUCUUGGCAACAAGGGUACUUGGCUAGCUUUUCAAUAUGUCACCGGAGUGUCGAUCUCCGGUGGAGUGUUGGAUGGUCAAGGUGAUGGUUUGUGGGCUUGUAAGGUGGCCGGCAAAGGCGGGUGCCCAAGUGGACUCACGAAUAUUGGGUUCACAAGCUCCAAAAAUAUUGCGAUCAAAGGAUUAACCUCGCUAAACAGCCAAUUAUACCACAUUGUAUUUGUUGGUUGCCAGAAUGUGAAAGUUCAAGGCACGAAAGUUUCAGCCUCCGGGUCGAGUCCUAACACCGAUGGAAUUCAUGUACAAUCAUCGACUGGUGUAACAAUAAGAAGUACUACUAUUGGUACCGGAGAUGAUUGUAUCUCAAUUGGCGCCGGAACCACGAAUAUGUGGAUGGAGAACAUCAAGUGUGGACCUGGUCAUGGUAUCAGCAUUGGAAGUCUUGGCAAAGAGAUGAAUGAGCCCGGAGUACAAAACAUAACAGUGAAGACGGCAACAUUUACCGGUACUCAAAACGGUGUCCGAGUCAAGUCUUGGGGAAGACCUAGCAAUGGCUUUGUAAAGGAUGUAUUGUUCCAACAUAUUACUAUGGUCAAUGCUCGAAACCCCAUUAUUAUUGACCAAAAUUAUUGCCCUGGAAACAAAGGUUGUCCAGGAAAGGUCUCAGGAGUAAAAAUCGACAGCAUAACAUACCAAGAUAUACACGGAUCAUCAGCUUCUCCGGUUGCUAUACAUUUUGAUUGUAGCGCGAAAAACCAUUGUACAGGGCUAAGAUUGGAGAACAUAAAGCUUACCUACAACAACAACAAACCAGCCUCCUCAAUGUGUGCCUUUGCUGGUGGAUCAAGCUAUGGAUUAGUUCAACCUAAAGGGUGUUUGUAGAACUAUAUUUCGAAAAUUUUCGAGUUCUUUACGUUAAUUCUUCCCCCAUUUUUUUUGUAUGAGGGAAAGGGUGUACGUUCCACUAAUUGAUAUUUCAAGGCAGUGGAGUAUUGGAAGUGCAUGUAAUGUUGAUAGUACAUGCCUCCAACUCUUUAAGCUUGAGUGUAUGUUAUUAUCAUAUUUGUAUAAAGGUGUUGUGUUGUUUUGAUGCAUGCUUAAUUUGUAUGUUGAUUUCCAAGAAUGUAAUUGAAAUUGCAUUAUAA